UAUUCCUGUUCGCAGGUUUGGGCCACUGACUCUCAACCUGGUUGUUCUGUUCUGUGUUGUGUACUAUUCUAAUCAUUUGAAGAUUGAUGGAAUAACCCUUUUAACUCUCCUACAUAUGGGCUGACAAGAAAUCAAGAAAAUUAGAAAUACUCUUAAUAACGUUCACAAAAAUUGGAUGAAUAGAACCAAGUGUGAGAACACCCUAAAACUCAUGACAAGGCAACUUUAAAGCUUCCUGAUUAUAGUAGUUUCCUGUCAGUGUCGUUAUUUUAGAGAACCAAGGCAGAAUAUGCUGCUUUAAAGAGAAGAGAGAAUGAAUGUCAAGUGAUCUAAAAUGGACACCUCAUCACCUGCUCCACCCACACCUGUCCCAGAGCGGUUGCUAGCUAUUCUACAACAACUGACCAGUGAGGAGUUGAAGUCAUUUCAGUGGUACCUGAAGCAGCCUGUUUCGGGUGGCUCAUCUCCCAUCCCAGUUAGCAGGCUGGAAAAUGCUAAAAGAGAGGACACAGUGGAUCAGAUGGUGCAUACCUAUAGGGAAGCUGGUGCUCUGGAGAUGACACACCAUAUUCUGCAAAAGAUUAAACGGAAUGAUCUAGCUGUUCCAAUGUCAGUGACAGAACACCAAGCCACAGCAGGAGUAUCAGCCAUACCAACCAGGCCCAACCUGAACACAAGCACCGUACCAGUUCAGGAUGUUCAGGAUGCUUCUGCAGAUCUCUCCAACCACACUGAGCCUGGAGACCAUGUUAAGGAACAUAAACUCACUACUGUUAACUCUACAGAUGAUGGUCCUUCGUAUGAAGAUGUUGAGAAGUACCGACGUAAAUUCCAAUACAAACUGAAGGAGAAGAUUCAGCAUGUAUUUGAGGGGGUGCCAAAACAGGGAAAGAAAACACUUCUCAAUAAGAUCUACACAGAACUCUACAUCACAGAGGGCGGAAGUGAAGAGGUCAAUAAUGAACACGAGGUAAGACAGAUUGAGAUCGCAUCCAUCACACCAGCAGCGACAGAAGAAAGGUUGAUCGAAUGCAAUAACAUCUUUACAUUUGUAACUGGACAAGACAAACCUACCAGAACUGUGCUGACGAAGGGAGUCGCUGGCAUUGGAAAAACAUUCUCUGUACUUAAGUUCAUUUUGGACUGGGCUGAAGGAAAAAAAAAUCAAGAUAUCCAGUUCAUAUUUUCACUGCCUUUUCGAGAGCUAAAUUUGGUGCGGAAGAAAAUGCUGAGUUUAGUGGAUCUUGUUCAUGAAUGCAUCAGAGAGGCAAAAGUGAUUGAGAAGGAAUUUCUCUAUCAGGUUUUCACAAAAUUACAAGACUCAGGAAACCCAAACUACAAUGAGAGCAAGUACAAAGUUCUAUUUGUCCUUGAUGGUCUAGAUGAGUGUCGAUUGCCUCUAGACUACAAGAAGAAUGAUAGCUGGGAUAAAGCUACAGAGCCAACCUUAGUGGAUGUGCUUCUGAAAUCCCUCAUCAAUGGGAAUCUGCUUCCCUCUGCUCGCCUCUGGAUAACCUCCAGACCUGCAGCAUCCAAUCAGAUUCCUUCUAGGUGUGUUGACCAGGUGACAGAAGUACGAGGGUUCAAUGACCCACAGAAGGAGGAGUACUUCAGGAAGAGGUUCAGUGAUGAGAAUCUGGCAAACAGAAUCAUCUCACACAUUAAGACAUCAAGGAGUCUCCACAUCAUGUGCCACAUACCAGUCUUCUGUUGGAUCGCAGCUACAGUUCUGGAGCGCAUAUUGAGCACAGAUACGAAUGGAGAAAUACCAAAGACUCUGACUCAAUUAUUCCUUGGUUUACUGGUGUUUCAUGCUAAACAGAUGAACGAGAAAUAUAAUGAGAAAGGCGAGGGAGAGCCACACUGGGAUAAAGAGAGCAUUAUGGCACUUGGAAAACUGGCUUUUCAACAGCUAAAAAAUGGCAACCUAAUUUUCUAUGAGUCAGAUCUGCAAGAGUGUUGCAUUAGUGCCAGAGAAGCUUCGGAACGCUUGGGAGUGUUCACACAGCUCUUCAGAGAGGAUUAUGGGCCGUUCCAGGAGAAGGUGUACUGCUUUGUGCAUCUGAGCAUCCAGGAGUUUCUGGCUGCAUUGUAUGUCUUUUUAUCAUACAACAACAACAAUGUAAACCUAAUGAACAAAGAACUUUCCACCAUCAGAAACAUUCUUAGGAAGUUUACAUUCAAAUCUGCCUUCACCUUUCACAAGAGUGCUGUGGAUAAAGCCUUACGGGGUAACAAUGGACACCUGGACCUGUUCCUCCGCUUCCUUCUGGGCCUCUCACUAGAGUCCAAUCAGUCUCACUUACAUGGCCUACUGACACCGGCAAGGAGCACGAGAAGCAGCUCUCAGUGCCAUGAGCAAACAGUCAAGUACAUAAAGAGGAAGAUCAGAAAAAAUCACUCUCCAGAGAAGUGCAUCAAUCUGUUCCACUGUCUAAAUGAACUAAAUGACCAUUCACUGGUGAAGGAGAUCCAAAACUACCUGAGCUCAGGAAAUGUCUCCAGAGAAGAACUCUCACCUGCACAGUGGUCAGCUCUGGUCUUUGUGUUGUUGACUUCAGAAGAGGAGCUGGUUGUGUUUGAUCUGAAGAAAUACUCCAGAUCAGAAAAGGGGCUUCUGAGACUGUUGCCAGUCGUCAAAGCCUCCAGAACAUCUCUGCUGAAUGGAUGUAACCUCACAGAGAGAUGCUGUGAAGCUUUAGCCUCAGCUCUCAACUUCUCCCACCUGAGAGAGCUGGACCUGAGUGACAACAACCUGCUGACAGAUUCAGGAGUGAAGCUGCUCGCUGUUGGACUGGAGAAUUCGCACUGUAAACUUGAGACACUGAGGUUGUCAUUUUGUGGAGUCACAGCAAAAGGCUGUGCUUAUCUGGCCUCAGUUCUAAUGUCAAACUCUUCAAACCUGAGAGAGCUGGACCUGAGUGACAAUGACCUGCGGAAUUCAGGAGCAGAACUGCUCUCAGCUGGACUGGAGAAUCCACACUGUAAACUUGAGACACUGAGAUCCUCUCAAGCUGGUUGAGUCAGGAUGGAUGGGGGGGGCAUCGCUGCACAGCUAUUUUCAGGUCUCUCCAGAGAUGUUUGGUCGUGUUCAAGUCUGGGAUCUGGCUGGGCCGCUCAAGGACAUUCAGAAACUUGUCCCAAAGUCACACCUGCUUUGUCUUGGACGUGUGCUUAGGGUUGUUGUCCUGUUGGAAGGUGAACCUUCGCCCGAGUCUGAGGUCCUGAGCGCUCUGGAGCAGGUUUUCAUCAAGGAUCUCUCUGUACUUUGCUCCGUUCAUCUUUCCCUCGAUCCUGACUAGUCUUUUAGUCCCUGCCGCUGAAAAACAUCCCCACAGCAUGAUGCUGCCACCACCAUGUUUCACAGUAGGGAUGGUGCCAGGCUUCUUCCAGACGUGACGCUUAGCAUUCAGGCCAAAGAGUUCAAUCUUGGUAUCAUCAGUCCAGAUAAUCUUGUUUUUCAUGGUCUGAGAGUUCUUUAGGUGCCUUUUGGGGAACUCCAAGCGGGCUGUCAUGUGCCUUUUUACUGAGGAGUAGUUUCCGUCUGGCCACUCUACCAUAAAGGCCUGAUAGGUGGAGUGCUGCAGAGAUGGUUAUCCUUCUGGAAGGUUCUUCCAUCUCCACAGAGGAACUCUGGAGCUUUGUCAGAGGGACCAUCGGGUUCUUGGUCACCUCCCUGACCAAGGCCCUUCUCCCCCAAUUGCUCAGUUUGGCCGGGCAGCCAGCUCUAGGAAGAGUUUUGGUGGUUCCAAACUUCUUCCAUUUAAAGAGUGAUGGAGGCCACAGUGUUCUUGGGGACCUUUAAUGCUGCAGAAAUGUUGUUACCCGUCCCCAUAUCUGUCCCUCGACACAAUCCUGGCUCAGAGCUCUACAAACAAUUCCUUCGACCUCAUGGCUUGGUUUUUGCUCUGACAUGCACUACCAACUGUGGGAGCUUAUAUAGACAGGUGUGUGCCUUUCCAAAUCAUGUUCAAUCAAUUGAAUUUACCACAUGUGGACUCCAAUCAAGUUGUAGAAACAUCAAGGAUGCUCAAUGGAAACAGAAUGCACCGGAGCUCAAUUUCAAGUCUCAUAGCAAAGGGUCUGAAUACUUAUGUAAAUAAGGUAUCUGUUUUUUAUUUGUAGUAAACCUGCACACACAAAAAAACUUAUGGGGUAUUGUAUGUAGAUUGAGAAACUUAUUUAAUCAAUUUUAGAACAUUUACAUUUAAGUCAUUUAGCAGACGCUCUUAUCCAGAGCGACUUACAAAUUGGUGCGUUCACCUUAAGACAUCCAGUGGAACAGCCACUUUACAAUAGAAUAAGAAUAAGGCUGUAACGUAACAAAAUGUGGAAAAAGGGAAGGGGUUUGAAUACUUUCCAAAUGCCAUGUACCGAAUUGCAUAAAGAAGAUUGUCAUAAAUGAAGAUUCAAUAUUUAUUAAAUUCUAAUGUAUUUAAAACCUGUUGGUACUAGGGGGCAGUAUUUUCAUUUUUGGAAAAAAAAAACGUUCCCGUUUUAAACGGGAUAUUUUGUCAGGACAAGAUGCUAGAAUAUGCAUAUAAUUGACAGCUUUGGAUAGAAAACACUAACGUUUCCAAAACUGUAAAGAUAUUGUCUGUGAGUAUAACAGAACUGAUGUUGCAGGCGAAAGCCUGAGAAAAAUCCAAUCCGGAAUUGCCCCAGGUUUUGAAAGCGCUGCGUUCCAAUGAGUCCCUAUUCAGCUGUGAAUGUGCCAUCAACGAGCUUAUGCUUUCUAUGUAUUCCCCAAGGUGUCUACAGCAUUGUGACGUAGUUUUACGCAUUUCUGUUGAAGAAUAGCCGUAGGCGGCCACAUUGCGUAAGUGGUCACAUGGUGGCUCCGAGAGAGAUUCUCGCGUAAAAUAGCCAUUAGGUAGCCAUUACUCCAAUCGGUCCUACUGAAAAACGAAUUGUCCCGACGGAUAUAUUAUCAAAUAGAUAUUAGAAAAACACCUUGAGGAUUGAUUAUAAACAACGUUUGCCAUGUUUCUGUCGAUAUUAUGGAGCUAAUAUUUUUCGGUGUUGUGGUGACCGCAAUUUCCGGGCGAUUUCUCAGCCAAACGUGAAGAACAAACGGAGCUAUUUUGCCUACAAAAAUAAUAUUUUGGGGAAAAAUGAACUUUGGCUAUCUACUUGGGAGUCUCGUGAGUGAAAACAUCUGAAGUUCAUCAAAGGUAAACAAUUUAAUUUGAUUUAUUUUCUGCUUUCCGUGACAAGGUUGCCUGCUGCUAGCAAGGCAUAAUGCUAUGCUAGGCUAUCGAUAAACUUACACAAAUGCUUGUCUAGCUUUGGCUGUAAAGCAUAUUUUGAAAAUCUGAGAUGACAGGGUGAUUAACAAAAGCCUAAGCUGUGUCUCAAUAUAUUUCAUUUGUGAUUUUCAUGAAUAGAAAUAUUUUCUAGGGAUAUUUAUGUCCGUUGCGUUAUGCUAAUUAGUUUCAGGCAAUGAUUAUGGCAGGGUAGCCUAGUGGUUAGAGCGUUGGACUAGUAACCGAAAGGUUGCAAGUUCGAAUCCCCGAGCUGACAAGGUACAAAUCUGUCGUUUUGCCCCUGAACAGGCAGUUAACCCACUGUUCCUAGGCCGUCAUUGAAAAUAAGAAUUUGUUCUUAACUGACUUGCCUAGUAAAAUAAAUUACGCUCCCGCAUGCGGGUUUGGGAGUCACAAAAGGAUUUAUUAAUUAUAUUUUUGACCAUUUUAUUUUUUAAAUGUCACAUUUUAAGUGAUUGAGGAAGACAUACACAGCUACCAUUUUCUCCACUAG